AUGCAAAACAUAGGUCAACAAAUUGAAGGAAAGAAGUUUCUUCUUGUCUUAGAUGAUGUAUGGACUGAGAAUCGUAGAAAUUGGGAUAAUUUAAAACAUACUCUCAUGUGUGGAUCUUUAGAAAGUAGAGUUUUAGUAACCACACGUAAGGAGAAUGCUGCAAAUGUCAUUGGGACCACCAACAAAAUCUCAUUAGGAAUACUAUCAGAGGAUGAAUGUUGGUCUUUGUUUAGUCAACUUGCACUUUUUGAAACAACCACUAAUGAGUUUGAAGAAAUUGGUAGAAAAAUUGUUAAAAAGUGUAAAGGUUUGCCUCUUGCUGUAAAGACUUUAGGUAGUCUUUUGCGUUUUAAAAGAGAAUUUAAAGAAUGGGAAAAUGUCUUAGAGAGUGAAAUUUGGGAAUUAGAAGAGGUAGAACAAGAGGUUUUUCGACCUCUACUAUUAAGUUAUUAUGACUUAUCCCCUACUUUGAAAAAAUGUUUCUCAUAUUGUGCUAUGUUUUCAAAGGAUUAUGAGAUAGAGAGAGAACAACUAAUUAAGUUAUGGAUGGCCCAAGGUUAUUUAAAGUCAAAAGACUCAAAAAAAGAUAUAGAGUUAGUUGGUGAAGAGUAUUUCAAAUCUUUGGCAAUGCGUUCUUUCUUUCAAGAUUUUGAAAAAGAGGAAUCCAAUAUUGAUGUAUUUUCUUGCAAGAUGCAUGAUAUAGUACAUGAUUUUGCUCAAUUUCUUACCCAAAAUGAAUGUUAUACAAUAGAGGUUGAUGGUAGAGGAGAAAUUGAACUAGAAUCUUCUCAUGAUAAAGUUAGACAUUUAAUGAUAAAGAUUCAAGGAGGGGCUUCAUUUCCUAGCUCUAUUUAUACCAAAAAUACUUUUCUACGUAGUCUUGUGGUUGAUUGUAAUUAUGGUACUGACCCUAAGAUAGUUUUGUCCAAAUUAAUUGAUCAAUUUACAUGUCUAAGGUCAUUAUCUUUGAGACAGUGCUCAAUUGAAGAAAUUCCUGUAGAAAUAAAAAAAUUAAUACACUUGAGGUACCUUGAUUUGUCUUGGAAUAAAAACAUAAAAGAAUUGCCUGAGACAUUGUGUGGGUUAUAUAAUCUACAAACCUUAGACAUAAGAUAUUGUGAAAAUAUCAAAAAACUGCCUCAAGGGAUUGGAAACUUAAUUAACUUGAGACAUUUGUUAAAUUGGAGGACUGAUAGUAUAAGUUACAUGCCAAAAAGUUUGGAGAGAUUAACUGGUCUUCGAACAUUAGGAAGAUUUGUUAUAAGUGAGGGCAAUUAUGGUAGUGAAGAAUGUCCUGUUGAAUGUCUAAAAAACUUCAAACACCUUCGAGAAUUUGGAAUAAAAGGGUUGGGAAAUUUGAGAGAUGUGGCUGAGGUUAAGAGAAUAGAAUUAAACAAUAAGAAAAACUUGCGUGAGUUGUACGUAGACUUUGAGGGGAGGAUGAAUGAGGAGCAAAAUCAACAACUUCUUGAGGAGUUGCAACCACAUCCAAAUUUAGAGAUGUGA